AUGCUCACUCACCAGGACCGUCCUUCUCACAACACCACCACUACCACCGCUGCCACUUCUUCAUCCACUGUUGUCGCGCCCGCUGCCAACAGCCUCGUCAUCUACUUCUCGCCAGCGGCAGGACCCGGACGCCCAAUAUCGUUCCGACCAACAGCAAUCGCGACGACAACCAGCUGUCGCUGUCGCUUCCGCCGCCGCUUCGUCGUCAGCCCCUUCGUCGUCUAG